AUGCCCAGGACGCCACCUGAGCCCUCCUCACAGCCAUCAUCCGCAGGACGUCACCAGAGCCCUCCUCACAGCCAUCAGCCCCAGGACGCCACCAGAGCCCUCCUCACCGACACCAGAGCCAGGACGCCACCAGAGCCCUCCUCACGACCACCAGCCCCAGGACGCCACCAGAGCCCUCCUCACCGACACCAGAGCCAGGACGCCACCAAAGCCCUCCUCACCAACACCAGAGCCAGGACGCCACCAGAGCCCUCCUCACCGACACCAGAGCCAGGACGCCACCAGAGCCCUCCUCACGACCACCAGCCCCAGGACGCCACCAGAGCCCUCCUCACCGACACCAGAGCCAGGACGCCACCAGAGCCCUCCUCACCGACACCAGAGCCAGGACGCCACCAGAGCCCUCCUCACGAUCACCAGCCCCAGGAAGCCACCAGAGCCCUCCUCACAGCCAUCAGCCCCAGGACGCCACCAGAGCCCUUCUCACGACCACCAGCCCCAUGA